CAUUAAAUAAACCAAGUUAACCAUCCACAAAACUGUGCUGUGUUGGACUGGGACCUGUGCAAACAUCGAAGGCCAGGAUAUCUGAAUCCAGAGGGCAUUAUUUAUUUUUUUCCACUGCAAUCAGCAGAACGGGCCAGGUUAAUUAUUCACCAGUAUCGUUAUCAUAUUUACCGCUUUUGCCUGGGUCAGUUUAGUCAAACAGGACAAUGAACCCUACCCCGCGCCUGAACCAUUUUCAACAAAUGAGGCUAUGACUCUCAUUGAGAAUUAGUUAAUAAUCGACGGCUUUUUGUCUGCAGCGAGGACAUUUGGUCGUCAUAGAAUAUUACGGCACAAAAACAGGCCCUUCGGCUCAUCUAGUCCGUGCUAAACUAUUAACCUGCCUAGUUCCACCGACGUGCACCGGACUGUAUCCAUUCCAUACGAGAUAGGAGCAGAAUUAGACCAUUCGGCCAAUCGAGUCUGCUCUGCCAUUCCAUCAUGGCUGAUUUACUAUCCCUCUCAACCCCAUUCUCCUGCCCUCUCUCUGAAACCUUUGACACCCUGACUAAUCAAGAACCUAGCAAUCCCCGUUUUAACUAUACUCAACGAUUUGGCACCCACAACUGUCACUGGCGAUAAAGUUCCACAGGUUCGCCACCCUUCGGCUGGAGAUAUUCCUCCUCAUCUCCGCUCUAAAUGGACGUCCCUCUGUUCUGAGAAUGUGCCCUUUGGUGCUAGACUUCUCACUAGACGAAGCAUCUUCUCCACAUCCGCUUUAUCUCGGCCUAUCCAUAUUUUGCCGCUGCAGUUCUCCCGCGCUCGGGUUGGUACCAGACUCCGAGCCAUCAAACGCUCCUGCUUUGUUAACGUGCCUUUGUUAGUCGAGGCACCGAGUUCGAGAGUGGGAAAGUCAAACUGCAGCUUUAUAAAACUCUGUUUAGGCCAAUGUACAUUCAGUUCCGUACAUCCCAUUACACUGGAUACCGAGGCUUUGGAGAGGAUGCCGAAGAGGCUUACCAGGAUGCUGCCCGGAUUCGAGGGUAUGAGCUGUAAGCCUUUGACCGACUGAGGGUGGUAAAGAUGAGGUCUGGAAAGAAGCGCACAGCCCUGAGUGACUGGUCUUUCAACCUCAGCAAGCUCCCCGGGUUGGACCCCCAGCAACAGCGAAUCCAGCAGCAACGCAGGGCCGAGCUGGAACGGGCGUGCGCGGCUCACGGCCGCCCUUCCAGCCCGCUCUCGGCCGCCGACCUCCGCCACCUGAUCGUGGACAACCGCCAUCGCCUGCUCUACUGCUACGUGCCCAAGGUGGCGAGCACCAACUGGAAGCGGGUGUUGCAGGUGCUGGCCGGCCAGGCGGCCAAGCCGCUGGACAUCCCGGCCGCCCAGGCACACUCCCCGGGCCGCCUGCCCACGCUGGACACCUACCCGCCGGCCGGCAUCAACCAGCGCCUCCGCCACUACCUCAAGUUCCUCUUCGUGCGCGAGCCCUUCGAGCGGCUCGUGUCCGCCUACCGCAACAAGUUUGCGCAAGCCCGCGCCCACGCCUUCCACCGGCGGUACGGCACGCGCAUCGUGCGGCGGCACCGGCAACGGCCCAGCGCGCGUGCACGCUGGAGCGGCGCCGACGUCACCUUCGCCGAGUUCGCCUGGUACCUGGCGGACCCGCGCACACGCGUGCGCGACGGGCCCUUCAACGAGCACUGGGAGACUGUGUACGCGCUCUGCCACCCGUGCCACCUCCGCUACGACGUGCUGGGCCGCCACGAGACGCUCGCAGCCGACGCGCGCUACCUGCUGGCGUUGGCCGGGCACGAGCACCCCGUCGCCUUCCCGGCGCCUGCAACCGGGUCCAACGGGCCGACCACCCUUGGCAUGACCGCUGCCUACUUCCGCAACCUCUCCGCCUUCUACCGCCGGAAGCUCUACCGCAUCUACCGACUGGACUACGAGCUGUUUAACUACAGCGUGCCCGCCUACCUGGACAGCGACUGAGGGCGCGCUCCUGUGGCGGGGUGGGUGGCGCGCGUUUCCGAGGGGAGAUUGGAGGAUGGUGCGUAGCGGUGUGCCUCAGGGAUCUGUACUGGGUCCAAUGUUGUUUGUCAUUUAUAUUAAUGAUCUGGAUGAUGGGGUGGUAAAUUGGAUGAGUAAGUAUGCAGAUAGGUGGCGUUGUGGAUGAGGAGGAAGGUUUUCAAAGCUUGCAGAGAGAUUUAGGCCAGUUAGAAGAGUGGGCUGAAAGAUGGCAGAUGGAGUUUACUGCUGAAAAAUGUGAGGUGCUACAUUUUGGUAGGACUAAUCAAAAUAGGACAUGCAUGGUAAAUGGUAGGGCAUUGAAGAAUGCAGUAGAACAGAGGGAUCUAGGAAUAAUGGUGCAUAGUUCCCUGAAGGUGGAAUCUCAUGUGGAUAGGGUGGUGAAGAAAGCUUUUGGUAUGCUGGCCUUUAUAAAUCAGAGCAUUGAGUAUAGGAGUUGGGAUGUAAUGUUGAAAUUGUAGAGGGCCAAAUUUGGAGUAUUAUGUACAGUUCUGGUCACCGAAUUAUAGGAAAGAUGUCAAUAAAAUUGAGAGGGUACAGCGGAGGUUUACUAAAAUGUUACUUGGGUUUCAUCUCUUAAGUUACAGAGAAAGGUUGAACAAGUUGGGUCUUUAUUCUUUGGAGCGUAGAAGGUUGAGGGGGGACUUGAUAGAGGUGUUUGAAAAUAUGAGAGGGAUUGAUAGAGUUGACGUGGAUAGGCUUUUUCUGUUGAGAGUGGGGAAGAUUCAAACAAGAGGACAUGGGUUGAGAAUUAGAGGACAAAAGUUUAGGGGUAACAUGAGGGGGAACUUCUUUACUCAGAGAGUGGUAGCUGUGUGGAACGAGCUUCCAGCAGAAGUGGUUGAGGCAGGUUCGAUAUUAUCGUUUAAAGUUAAAUUGGACAGAUAUAUGGACAGGAAAGGAAUGGAGGGUUAUGGGCUGAGUGCAGGUCGGUGGGACUAGGUGAGAGUAAGAGUUCGGCACGGACUAGGAGGGCCGAGAUGGCCUGUUUCCGUGCUGUAAUUGUUAUGUGGUUAUAUGAGUGUGGGGUUUGGAGGGAAGGACAGCGCGGACGCGGUGACUUGCUGGAGCGUUCCGUUAUGUCACGGGGGGGGGGGCGGUGGUGCAGAGUGUUCCUCGCCUCCCCCUCCCCCGACUGUGGUCUGCGCGGGGACGGUGGAUUGUUGACGCUCGCGCACCGGUCCCCACCCCCACAGCACCCCGGGGCGGUAGGUCUUCCGCGCGUCAGGGUGCUCUGUUUGCCGGGUGCGUGUGGGGCUGCACUCUUCCACGGAGCGUGGAAAAACCGGGAGUGGUGACGAAAAGUGGGUGCAGACAAAGUGGAGGAGUGAAUGGAGGCCGAGAGAGAGGGAUGGGGAAAGGGUGAAGGUCGGAGAUG